GGGGGCGACUGGCCCCGUCUCGGCUGCACCUCGGUUGUGUCAUGCAGGAGACGCGCAGGCUGUGGAAAAAGGAAGCUCUGCCCUACAGUAAGAAACGUAUCUGACAGCCUUAUGUAAGGCAGUUGGAAGAAAGAGACAAUAAUCUCAGGAAGAGGCCAUCGACAGAGUACCAGCUCAGUGGGAACUUCCAAGCUGAGGCUAAGGGAUGGGAAUCCCCAAGGAAUUGUUUGGUGACGACCAGCAAAACUGAGUGGAGAGAGGGGCGCCUAGAACCUUUUCAGACUCAACAGGUGAUUGGCCGGAACAGAGGGAAGGGGAACCGAGGCCUCAGUGAAGGAGAAGGAAAGGACGGUGCCGUUGUCCCCAGCUUCUCUCACUGACAUGGCUUUGCCUCUGAGGUCCUUGGGUCGGGGCUUGGCCAGUGCGGCCAAGGGAGACCACGGAGGGACAGGAGCCCGCACCUGGCGCCUCCUGACCUUCGCGCUGGCGCUCCCGAGCGUGGCCCUCUGCACCCUCAACUCCUGGCUCCACUCGGGCCACCACGAGCGCCCAGAGUUCAUCCCCUACCAUCACCUCCGGAUCCGCUCCAAGCCCUACUCCUGGGGAGACGGCAACCACACUCUUUUCCACAAUCCCCGUGUCAACCCUCUGCCCACGGGCUACGAAAAGCCUUGAGGCCUUGGCCGAUGCCCCCAGACGCAAUAAAAGUGUG